AUGGAAAAUACCUCCGAUUCUGAGAACCCAAAACCUCAAGGAAUUCUCAUUCACGACGGAAAAUACGUUCAGUACAACAUCUUAGGCAACGUUUUUGAAGUCUACUCCAAGUACAUACACUCUGCAAAUGUUUUGCAUCGAGAUCUAAAACCAAGCAAUUUACUUCUCAAUGCAAACUGUGACCUCAAAAUAUAUGACUUUGGGCUUGCCAGAACAACCUCUGAGACAGACUUCAUGACAGAAUAUGUUAUGAAUCGUUGGUACAGAACCCCUGAAUUACUACUGAACUGUUCAAAAUAUGCUGUUGCUAUUGAUGCAUGGUCAGUUGGUUGCAUUUUGAUGGAGAUAAUUAGAAGGGAGCCUCUAUUUCCUGGUAAAGAUUAUGUUCAGCAGUUGGCGCUCAUAACAGAUGGUGACUGUUGGUGA